ACACGCAGCUCACGGAGACUCUCCACGCGCCUCCGACGCUCCGCUUUUCUUUAAGAUGUUGGCCCGGCACGAGCCCAACGAGUCCAGCUAGAUGAGGAGGCUUGUGCGUCCUCAUGUGCUGAGUUUGGUUUGCCGAGUCAAAGAGAUCAUCCCCGCCAGAUAGCACGCAACUCAUCGCCUCCUUUGUUACUUUUUUUUUUUUUUAGAGAGAGAGAGAGAGAAGGUGAAAGCUUCCAAAAGACGCAACUUGAGCAACAUAAAAGAAGAGAGAGACAUCUGCCGAGUACAAGGCUUGAUUAUCUUUGAGGAAGAAAUUUGUCGCCAUGAGUUCCGAAAAGAGCAACAGAAUGGAAGAUGAAGCAGUGCUGGACAGAGGAGCAUCUUUUGUCAAGCAUAUCUGUGAUGAAGAGGAAGUGGAAGGCCACCACACCGUGUACAUCGGUGUGCACGUUCCCAAGAGCUACCACCGCAGGAGACGCCACAGACGCAAGUCCAACCACAAGGAGAAGCGGGAACGUGUCGAGCAGAUUGUGGGAGCGUACAAGUCCGACGCGGAGAACGUCGACGACUCCUGCACGAGCAUCCUGAAGCCCCUCAUUUCUCCAGCUGAGAGGAUUCGGUUCAUUCUGGGAGAGGAGGAUGACGGCCCGCCGCCCCCGCAGCUCUUCACAGAGCUGGACGAGCUCCUGUCCGUGGACGGCCAGGAGCUGGAAUGGAAAGAAACGGCCAGGUGGAUUAAGUUUGAGGAGAAGGUGGAGAAAGGUGGAGAGCGUUGGAGCAAGCCUCAUGUCGCCACGCUGUCCUUACACAGCUUGAUGGAGCUCAAAGCGUACAUCGAGAAGGGGACAAUCCUGCUAGACAUGGAGGCGUCCACACUGCCACAAGUUGUCGAGAUGAUCACCGACAGCCAGAUUGAGACCGGUCAGCUGAAGGCAGACCUAAAGGAGAAGGUGGUGUACACGCUGUUACGAAAGCAUCGCCACCAGACCAAGAAGUCCAACCUGCGCUCUCUUGCCGACAUCGGCAAGAGCGUUUCCAGCGCAAGCCGGCUGUUUUCAAAUCAGGAAAAUGCACCGCGCUCCUCCUUCGAUCACUCUGUGCCUUGUUUAAUACCACAAGACGCGACGGAGUCAUGCGAGGUCAUGAGGAGCGCCAGCAUGGGAUACCUCUGUAGCCCUACCACGACCCACCGGAACCUCACCUCCAACAGCCUGAGCGAUUUCUCUGAUAAACCAGAAAAGGAUCAGCUGAAGAAUAAGUUCAUGAAAAAGUUGCCCCGCGAUGCCGAGGCAUCAAACGUGCUGGUCGGAGAGGUGGACUUCCUGGAAACCCCGUUUGUUGCUUUUGUCCGUCUGCAGCAGGCCGUUAUGCUGGGAGCGCUUACUGAAGUCCCCGUGCCCACGAGAUUUAUGUUUGUACUGUUGGGACCUAAAGGAAAGUCCAAGUCUUACCGAGAGAUCGGAAGAGCAAUCGCUACCCUGAUGUCCGAUGAGGUGUUUCACGACAUCGCCUACAAAGCGAAAGGCAGGAAGGACCUGCUGGCUGGAAUCGAUGAGUUCCUGGACGAAGUGAUCGUCCUUCCUCCUGGCGAGUGGGACCCCGACAUCAGAAUCGAGCCGCCCAAGUCCCUUCCCUCCUCAGACAAAAGAAAGAACAUGUACGCCGGAGGAGAGGCUCCUCAGAUGAACGGGGACACCCCCCACGAUACGGGACACGGAGGCGGAGGAGGAGGAGGAGGGCACCAAGUGGGAGAGGAGCUGCAGUGCACAAAAAAGUUUUGCGGCGGUCUUAUCCUGGACGUGAAGCGAAAGCUGCCGUUUUUCGCCAGCGACUUUUACGACGCCCUCCACAUUCAGUCUCUGUCUGCCAUCCUGUUCAUCUAUCUGGGCACGGUCACCAACGCAAUCACGUUCGGAGGCUUGCUCGGAGACGCUACAGACAACAUGCAGGGAGUGUUGGAAAGUUUCCUCGGUACGGCGCUGUCAGGAGCAGUGUUCUGCCUGCUAGCAGGUCAGCCCCUGACUAUCCUCAGUAGUACAGGCCCGGUGCUUGUGUUCGAAAGACUUCUCUUCAAUUUCAGCAAAGACAAUGGUUUCGACUACCUCGAGUUUCGGCUGUGGAUCGGCCUGUGGUCUGGUUUGUUCUGCUUGGUGCUGGUUGCCACCGAUGCAAGCUUCCUGGUGCAGUACUUCACACGCUUCACAGAGGAAGGCUUCUCUGCGCUUAUCAGCUUCAUCUUCAUCUAUGACGCAUUCAAGAAGAUGAUAAAGCUGGCCCACCACAACCCCAUCAACUCGGAGUUUGAUCACAACCUCAUCACUCAGUACGACUGCCGCUGCGUAGCGGGUAAUUCAUCAACACUCCUUGAUACUUCUGCCUGGACAAACCGUACCGAUCUGCAGGAGAACGCCACCUGGGCGUCCCUGACCCAGCAUCAGUGUAAGGAGUUCGGAGGGCUGCUGGUCGGAAAGGCCUGUGACUAUGUACCUGACAUUACCCUGAUGUCCUUCAUCCUGUUCCUUGGGACCUACACCUGCUCCAUGGCUCUGAAGAAGUUCAAGACGAGUAGAUUCUUCCCCACAACAGUGAGGAAGCUCAUCAGUGACUUUGCCAUCAUCUUGACCAUUCUUCUCUUCUGUGGCAUUGACGCCUUGGUCGGUGUGGACACUCCGAAGCUCAUAGUGCCUAGUGAAUUUAAGCCCACAAGUCCAGCACGGGGCUGGUUUAUUCCUCCUUUUGGAGGAAACCCCUGGUGGGUGUACCUGGCAGCUGCACUUCCUGCCCUCUUGGUCACGAUUCUGAUCUUCAUGGAUCAGCAGAUCACUGCAGUGAUUGUGAACAGGAAAGAACACAAGCUAAAGAAAGGGGCCGGUUAUCACCUGGACCUGUUCUGGGUGGCCAUCCUGAUGAUUCUCUGCUCCUUCAUGGGGUUGCCAUGGUAUGUAGCUGCUACCGUCAUCUCCAUCGCCCACAUCGACUCUCUGAAAAUGGAGACCCAGACCUCCGCCCCUGGAGAGCAGCCCAAGUUCCUGGGCGUCAGGGAACAAAGAGUCACUGGCAUCUUUGUGUUCCUCCUGACAGGACUCUCCGUCUUCAUGGCUCCUAUCCUGAAGUUCAUCCCGAAGCCUGUUCUCUAUGGUGUGUUCCUCUAUAUGGGCGUGGCGUCUCUCAAUGGUGUCCAGUUCAUGGACCGUCUGCAGCUGCUCCUCAUGCCAGCCAAGCACCAGCCGGACCUCAUCUACCUGCGCCACGUCCCCCAGAGACGCAUCCACCUCUUCACCUUCAUCCAGGUCCUGUGCUUGGCUCUGCUCUGGAUCCUCAAGUCCACCGUGGCCGCCAUCAUUUUCCCCGUCAUGGUGAGGAUCGCCUGACGUGUAGCCGAGUGAAAACUGAAGCGCAAAGGACAGGGCCAGACCGUGUGUCUGAAAAAACGU